UUUACUUUAAUCAAGCAAAAAUGAUUAAAGGGCAAAAUGUUUUAAUUAUCUGUGAUCGAGGAGCUUUAGAUCCUUCUGCUUAUAUGGAAAAAGUAAUGUGGAUAAAACUUUUGAAGGAAAUUGGGAAGGACGUUUUUGAUCUCCGAGACAAUAGAUAUAAUCAAAUUGUCCAUGUUGUCACAGCUGCAGAUGGGGCAGAACAAUACUACACUUGUCUGAACAAUAAAGCACGGACUGAAAGUAUGGAGGAAGCAAUUUUAGUUGAUCGAAAGACUAGAGAAGCUUGGAUUGGACAUCAAUGUCUUUCAAUUGUUGAUAAUUCUGAUUGUCAAAAUUUUAAUGACAAAAUAAUGAAAUUAAUUCGUGUUGUGUCAGAAAGAAUUGGAAUUUCUUUUGAUCGUUUAGCCAAACACAGCAAAAAAAGAAAAUGGUUAAUUUCAAAAAUUGACGAAAAUAAAUUUUUGGCAAAUAAUUAUGAAGAAUUUGACGUUGUCCAUGUUUAUCUACAAAGUAUGAGCAACAAUCAAGUACGUAUCCGUUCACGUUGUCAGAAUAAUCGAACAACUUAUUCAUUGACAACAAGGCGUUAUUUUGGGCCUGAUGGGAUUAGAUUACCUGAACCAGUUGAAACAAGGAAACAAUUGUCUCGUCGUGAAUAUGAUUAUUAUUUGGAAAUGAGGGAUAAAAGUAGAGCUGUUGUAUAUAAAAAGAGAAGAUGUUUUACAUAUGGAAAUGUUUAUUUUCAUUUGGAUAUUUAUGUCCAUCCUUUGCCCCCAGCAUGUAUCGGUUCUCCAAUAAUUUUGGAAACAUACACAACUAAUCCAAUUGGUGAUCCAACACCUUCACUGCCAAACUUUUUGGAGGUUGUUCGUGAAGUUACUGGCGAGCCUGGUUAUAGCAUGUUUAACAUGACCUCUUCUACUCCACCAACUACUAACAAUAUAUCAUAAUUUAAAAGGAGUCCAUAAACAACAAAUAACUAUUCUGGAAGAGCUUUUAAAAAAUAAACUAAAAACUUUUAAUUAAUUAAUUCUAAAGCUUUUAAUUAUUUUCUUUUUUUCUAUACCUAAUCUUUAACUGUUUCUUUUUUUGUAAUUUUUUGUUUUUAUAUUAAAUAUUUACAGUCGGUUAGAAUUUUUACUUAAACUAAACUCUAAACACCCUCAUUUUUAUCUUCAAGUUUUUUUGUUCAAAAAUGAAAGUAAAAUCACUAUCCGACUGUAUUUACUAUUGUAU